AAUCUCUUUCAAGAAAUAAACACAAAGCAAGAUGAAGCUGAUCAACCUGUAAAACAGUGGCGUACCCAAAACAAAAGCAAGCCAUGAAUGACGGGUUCAGUCCUGUGAAUCCUUACCUGAUUCUGUGCCCAGGAUAAUAAUGCCUAAAAUUUGGACCGCCCUGAGAAAGACCGUUGUGCUGGGCUGUGUGGUCUACACAGGUUCCUCGUAUUUGGGAAAUGUCUAUUUGCUAGCAGAAGAUUCCAUGGAACCUACGUUCCGCCAUGGUCAAUUGGUUUUGAUAAAGCAAUGGCCAUGGUGUGGAGAGGUGGAACGAGGCGAUGUGCUCAUUCUUAAGCACCCCAACAGCCCUGAGACCCGAAUCUGCAAACGCGUCCAUGCUCUGCCCGGUGAAAUUAAUCCAGCGGAGAAGGAGAAGCGAAUACCUCAAGGACAUGUCUGGCUAGAAGGUGAUAACAAGGGCAGGUCAUUGGAUUCCAAAACUUAUGGACCAGUUCCAAUAGGCCUCACCGAAGGGCGUGUGGUAGUUCGGUUCCAUCCUUUUGCGUGGGAAUCUGCGUGGAACCCACAACGACAGAGUGACCCAACACAUUAAUCAAGUCUUUUUAUAGGAUAUUUGCCCUUUCUUAUACUGGAACUAGUCAAAAAGCCAACCAAUCCCCAUAACCUAAUAUUGUUACUGGGCAACUCAUUGGAAGAGAGAAAAAUGAUAGUAAAAAUGUUGUGAACCUUGCA